GUCAACCGAGUGAACCGAGUUGUGCGUGUGUCACCGUGGACAUUAAAUGAGACCGAAAUCUUGUUUUUUCACUCAUCCCCGGGAAUCUGUUGCAAUUUCAAGCUUGCUUUCUUGAAGUUAAUCAAAUACAGAAAGUAAAAAAUGAAUAAACGUAGAAGAACUUCGUCAGUAGCUAGUCGUGGGACAGAGGAUGAUCCCGACGAGACUCAGCCUGAGCCUACCAAGAGACGGAAAAAGCUUGAUCCCAGCGAUUUGUGCCAACAUCUUUACGAUGUUCUUCGUAAUCAGAGAAAGGAGGAUGGGAGUUUGUUGUGCGAUGCUUUUAUUCGUGUGCCGAAGCGUCGCCAGGAACCUGGAUAUUACGAAGUCGUCACUAAUCCCAUAGAUCUGCUGAAAGUUCAGCAAAAGUUGAAAACUGACGAGUAUCGGGAUAUGGAGGAUUUGGCUUCCGACAUUCAGCUCAUGGUCAACAAUGCCAAGGCGUUUUAUAUGCGGACAUCUCCAGAAUAUAAAGACGCCUCUGAACUGUGGGAGCUUUGUAACUCCACGAAGAAUCGUAUUUCUGAGGAAUACGAAGACUCGGAAACAAAAGGCAAAAUUAUGCUAAAGACAAAGAAGACAACUAUAAAACAAGAAGAUGCCGAGGACACAUCCGAGAGUUCUACAAAUCCAGAUGAAGAAUCUGCACAGGCUUAUGAAGAUCUUUUCGCUGCAGUUAUGACGGCCACAGAUCCUGCGGAUAACAAUCGUCCUCUCCACAGCAUGUUUCAGCUGAAACCCUCAAAAAAGUUGUAUCCGGAAUACUACGAGGUGAUUGAUACACCAAUCGACUUGAAAAUGAUUGCGAAAAAAAUCCAGGACGGCGCUUAUGGCAGUCUGGGUGAUAUGGAGCGCGAUUUGAUGCUGAUGUGUCGGAAUGCCUGUCAGUUUAAUGAGCCUGGCUCGCAGAUCUACAAAGACGCGAAACUUUUGAAGAAAAUCAUCACGACUGCGGCGAAAAAGCAGGAUGGAGGAGGAAUGAGUGCCGCGAUGAACAAGUCCCUGACGAUGGCUCCCUCGACGCGGAGUAAGCGAGGCACGCGGAGUGGCGCUGCGUCUCUGAUAUCUCAGACGGCCGCACUUCCGGACGAGGACGACGAGAGCGACGACGAGGAGGAUGAGGGCGCCGAAAAUGACGAGUCUGACAAUCCGCAAUGGCAGUUGUUCCAAACCAUCAGAACUGCGCCCAAUAAUCAAGGUGUUCGAAUGAGCGAAUACUUUUGGAAGCUACCAUCAAAAAGACUAUAUCCCGAUUACUAUAAAAUGAUUAAAAAUCCAAUUUCGUUACUGCAAAUUCGAACUAAAAUCAAGAAAGGAGGAUAUGGAACAGUGAGCGAAGUCGCCGGAGACAUGAAUAUAAUGUUCGAAAAUGCAAAGAAAUAUAAUGUUCAUACUUCAAGAUUGUACAAGUGCUCAGUCAAAUUGCAGAAGAUUAUGCAGGAAAAAGUACAAGAAUUGUUGGAAUUUGAUCGGGAGUCGGAAUCCGAAAGCGAGACCGAGUGUAACCAACAACAGCCGAAACUGAUAAAGCGUGCCUCGGUUCUUUUAACCCGCGGCAAAUACAAGGACAAUAUACCCCUGAAGAAGCGUCUUUACGCUCUCGUCAAGUGUGCCGUUGAAUACGUUUGCGAGGAUGGAAGACAGCCAAUGCUGCUUUUCAUGGAGAAACCAUCGAAAAAGCUGUAUCCAGAUUACUAUCAAGUAAUUGCCGAGCCGAUUGAUAUGCUGGCGAUUGAAGCUAACAUUAAAGCCGAGAAAUACCAAAACGAAAAUGAGCUCAUACAAGAUUUCAAGCUGAUGUUUAACAACUGCCGCCAGUACAAUGAGGAAGGUUCCUUAAUCUACGAAGAUGCAAAUACACUGGAAAGGAUUUUGAUGGAGCGAGUGAGGGAGUUGGGUCCUCUACCUGACGUGAAGAACAAGUCGACCGCGUCAACGCCAACCAGAACGCCAGGAUCUAAUUUUAAAACAUGCAGAAGACCGAAGAAAGUGGUGUCUCUGCGUUUGCAAAAGUUGCGGACGAUGUACGACACGAUUAAGGAUUAUCACGACUCGAAGGGUCGACAAUUGUCCCAGAUAUUCAUGAAAUUGCCGAACAAAAAUGAGUAUCCCGACUACUACGAGGUAAUCAAGCAGCCCAUGAAUAUGGAGAAAAUUGCGGCGACCCUCAAGAAUCACGGAUACGAGAGUUUGGAGGAACUUGUCUCUGACUUCAUUCUGAUGUUCGACAAUGCCUGCAAGUACAAUGAGCCAGAUUCCCAGAUAUACAAGGAUGCCUUAAUUCUGCAGCGUUUAGUUCUGCAAACUAAAUUACAACUAAGCGAGGAUGAGGAAAGUGUUCCCGACGUGGGAGCGGCCGUACAGGAAAUAUUGGCCACGAUAUUUACAGCAUUGUAUAACCAUCAGGAUGAAGAAGGAAGAUGUUAUUCCGAUUCUAUGGCGGAGCUUCCCGAGCACGAUAUUGUUGAUGGAAAAAAGAUUCGCGGUUUGUCAUUGGAUCUGAUAAAGCGAAGAUUGGACAAGGGCGUCUAUAAGAGGCUCGAUCGAUUCCAAGAGGAUGUCUUUUCGUGUUUGGAAAGAGCACGAAAAUUGUCCCGCACGGACUCGCAGCCCUUCGAGGACAGUGUGGAACUCCAGGCAUUUUUCUUGCGCACCCGAGACGAUGUCACUCGAAGUGGUGAUCUUUUGCAUUCUCCAGCUCUCAACUAUACGCUCCUCGAUCUGUCAGCACAAGUUGCUGAACUCAAGCGUGUCAAAGUUGAGCAGGAAAUGUCCAUGCCGGCCGAGGACGAAAGCUGCGACGGGAACGAUAAAGAAUCAGAGUCUAAUUCGAAUACGGGUGGAACGAGUAAUGGCGAUGGGGCGACGAUGAGUUUCAACCAGGAGGUAUAUCGAGCCGGGGAUUUUGCCUAUGUGGAACCAAGUGAACGAGGAAUGGAGUACAGUGUUGUGUUGAUCGAGCGACUCUGGACGAAUGCCGAGGGCCAGCAGAUGCUCUACGGAAAUCUCUUUUAUCGUCCGAGCGAAACGUACCACGUUGCCUCGAGGAAGUUUCUCGACAAGGAGCUAUUCAAGAGCGACGCUCACAUCGCAGUUCCCCUCGCCAAAGUCGCCGGCAGAUGUUGCGUUCUCAGCGUCAAGGACUAUUUCCGAAUGGUGCCGGAGAGCUUCCCCGAGAAGGAUGUCUAUGUUUGCGAGUCGAGGUACUCGACCAAGGCCAGAUCCUUCAAGAAGAUCAAGAACUGGAACUUUGAUCCGGAUCAUCUGAAGCUUGUGCCUCGCGAGAAAUUGCUCGAUCCGAAAAGAGUCAUUUCCGUCUACAAGGAGAGACUUGAGAAGCACAAGGAAGAAAUUGCCGAGUUGGAGGAGGGCGAGAAACUAAUUGAAAAGGAUAAACCUAAUGUAAUACUCUUCAAUUCAGACGACUCAGACAAUACAUAUUAUGAGCAGUAUCACACGUGUGUUGGCGGAGUAAAAACGGGAGAUUUCGUGUAUGUAGCAACUGAAGGUGGCAGACAACAGAUCGCACAAGUCGAUGCUCUUUGGUCAACAAAAGAAGGAAAGUGUCUUUUCAAAGGACCAUGGCUUUUGACUCCGUCGGAGAUACCUCAUGCCCCUACAAAACUUUUCUACAAACAGGAACUAUUUUUAUCCACCGUUGAUGGCACUCAUCCCGUUGUCGCCAUCGUUGGAAAAUGUGCGGUUCUGGAUUAUGGGGAAUACGUUUGCAGUCGCCCGACGGAAAUUCCAGAAGACGAUAUUUUUAUUUGCGAGUCCACGUACGAUGAAACGAAAAAUUUGAUGAGGAAAUUGAACCAAGACGGUCUGAGAAAAUACAAUCACAGCUCGGCUGUGACGGACGAUGAGAUUUAUUUCUUCCGAAAGCCUAUCAAUCCAGCUAAGGUGUCGAGUGAAGUCGCUCAAAUGCAAAAUCAAAUCAAGCCUCUCGGUGCGUCCGGAUCCUUUGAAAUGGAUUCUUCACCAAUCCCGAAGCUGGAACCAGAUGUGCUAAGCAUGGGAGUAGGAUUAGGAGUGGGAGUAGGAGUUGGUGAAGACAGCAUGGAUGCUGGUGGUCCACCAUCGGUUGGAUCUAUAGAAGCUCAGCCGGUGCUUUCACACACCCAAACGCCAGUUUCUACCAAAAAGAAAUCGUCCGGUAAGAAAUUAGUUACGGGCUAUAUUUUGUAUUCGAGUAAAUUUCGAACGCAGAUUACGCAAAACAAUCCUGACUCGACCUUUGGAGAGAUUAGCAGAAUUGUUGGUAACGAGUGGCGAAAAUUGCCGGCGAUGGAGAAACAGGCAUGGGAGGAGAAGGCGAUAAAAAUAAAUGAGGAGACUGGUCUGAUAAAGGCAGGUUCUGUGCAAGUUUCGGCUCAGGAUCACGUUUAUGAGUGCUGCUGGGACAACUGUGACUUCCAAUUUGACGACAUGACGGACUGUAUCGAUCACGCAAUCGCCGAGCAAAGCGGCCACGUGCAAUCAACCUUUGCCAAUGCUACCAGCGGUACGUCCAAAGUCCGCAGAAUAUCCGAUGCGGGCUUGAAAGACAAGUCGAACGAGGCUCGAUCACUUCCUGUACUUUCAGACGCGGAAUUUCAAUGCCAGUGGCGGGGUUGUGGAAGGACGAAAAAAUCUGUGCCGCCAUUCCCGAGUGUGCAAAGGUUGGCGAGGCACGUUAAGGAAGUUCACAUUCUUAAAUCUAAUGGACGAAUUAUCCCACCUGGCGAACGAAGCAAAAAUUUUGUUGCCUCGUCGAAAGGAAUUGCCGCGUUACCUCCGAUGGAAACCGGUGAGUUACGCGGCGUAAACCAUAAAUUACGCUUACCCAAAGAAACGACUGUUGCUGCAACACAGACAAAUAAUCUUCCGACGACAAAGCAACCCGAACCACUUUUUAUCGCAGUCCCUCCAAGACCAAGCAGAGUUUUGCACUCGGAUGCUUAUCUAAGGUAUAUCGAGGGCUUGAAUGUUGAGAAUCGUUACAUAUCAAACUGGGACAAGCAGAUGAGUGCGACCCAGGAAAACACGCAAAUUCCGGAAGUAACGAAAUUGCCCGGCGAAUGGUUGGGCAAUGGAGUUGGCAAUCAUGGGAACGUAGUGAACGCGUUGUGGACUCUGAGGAACAUGAUGAUGCGCGAUGUCCUGGCCAUCAAUAAAACUUUGUAGUUGAGAACAACUGGUGGGAGUGGUUGCGCACUUUUUUCUCACACGGAAAUGUUCGCGCGCUCUCGUUCGCGAAUAAGACUGACCAGUGUAUUUAUAUUUUACGAGUGUAUUUCACUUUUUACUUUUACUUCUUUUUCUUCUUUUUUAUUUGUUUCAAGAUCUUUUUUUAUUGCACAUAGAAGCAGAUGAUAGGCCCCUUAGAGCGAAGUUGAUAGUUUUUAUCAAUUCAAAGUGAAUGUACAUCGAAGCUGUUAACUAAAUACAUGAGACAUUGUAAAUUAUCUUCUCUUUAAUCUGAGAUAUAUUAUUCGGGAAGAAAGAUAUAUAACUACUUUCUAUUGCUACAAUUAAUUUUCUGCUCUCACUGAUAAAUCGCGCAAAAGUUUUUUCUUUCUUUUAAUGACAAGUAUUUUUUAUCUUAUUUUUGGCUUUGAAGUAACUGAUUUUUAUUGGACUCUGGCAUACUUUUGUCUACACAGAUCGAAUCGAAUUUGUUUGAUUUAUUUACUCUCUUGUUUUUCUUUUUCUUCUCGCCCUGUAAGAUAGAUUUUGUGUGUGUGGGUGCUUUUGAGUGUUUUAAAGAGUUUUUUGGCUUGAUUUGUAAUUGGUUGAUUUUGGAGAGAAAAUCGUGGAAAGAGUUUUUAGGCAAUAAGUAGUUAGCAAUAAUUUCUUUCUAUUUUAAAUACAAAUUUAUAAUAUUGAAAGAAAAAA